AUGGGACUACGCGACCAAGCAACGAUUAGAAGUGACUCAGGUUAUGGGGACGAUGCGUCCGAAUUGCCGCAAGACGGCCCCGAUGCUCAUCCUUUGACACUUAAAGGAUACGAUAUUGGGCCGGCAUCCAAAUUGCAAGUUGGCGACGUAUUCGAGUUUCUCUGGGCCGACGCACCAGAAUUCGAGUGGGAAUGGAAAUGUUUAGGAUACAGUCGUUUCAUCGUCCUUCGCCAUAGUGAUACAUUCCCUCAUCACUGUGCCUGCAUACCCAUAUCUGUGGGCGGCAAGCAAGAGUUCGCCAAACCUGGAAUUGACCAUUUCCAGCAAGGAUUUGUUUUCGCCAAUGGCGAUCCGACACCUAGCAACAGCGCUGAGCCGGCCGGUGGGGCGCGUUUGCCCUAUUCGUCGAUUGGGAUCGAGCUGCGCCCCGGCAAGCUCCGCGUGAAGGAAGACUCACGAGCCAACUAUGCCGACAUCGUCGAAGUUGAUCACGACGCCCAAGUCAUGGUCGUCGGUGACGUGGUGCGCUACUUCGACCGGGUCCGUAGAAACGUCAACAAGGCAUUCAUGCGCCAGAUCCUGCGGAGGGCUUUGGAGGAGUACAAGAGCAGAAGAGCGGGCGAGAUGCAAACAGCAACAGAUAUCGACGACCCUCAGAUCAGCGCCUCGGAAAGUACUCUCCCAGAUACAGCAAGCGUGAGGGGCGAGAGGCGCAGGGAAGACAAACGGCGAAGGCGGUACUCUAAUUCAAGCUCUACCUCGCGGAGGCAGAGACCUAGCUCUCAGAACAGCGUCAGGCCACUUCGAGAUGAUCAAGAAGGUCGUCAAGAUGGCCGACAUCACGAUGAACGAGAUAUCAAUUACGACGUGAGAUCAAUGCAUAACGUUGCUUUGGCCGGACUGAAAUAA